UCGCCGGAAAGCGUCGAGCGGUUUCGGCAGGUGGGGCGGGGCUGGGGCGGGGCCAGGCCGGGGCAGGGGACCGGGGCGGGGCCAGCCAGGCACCAGGAGUCCGGCGGGAUCCCAGGCCCUCGCCUAGCUCGGGCUCCCGCCGCGCCGCCGCCAUGGGAGCUUGCCUGGGAGCCUGCUCCCUGCUCAGCUGCGCGUCCUGCCUCUGUGGCUCUGCCCCAUGCAUCCUGUGCAGCUGCUGUCCCGAUAGCCGCAACUCCACCGUGAGCCGCCUCCUCUUCACGGCCUUCCUCUUCCUGGGGGUGGUGGUGUCCAUCAUCAUGCUGAGCCCUGGCGUGGAGAGUCAGCUCCAUAAGCUACCCUGGGUGUGUGAGGAGGGGGCCCAGAACCUCGUUGUCCUGCAGGGCCACAUCGACUGUGGCUCCUUGCUCGGCCACCAUGCUGUUUAUCACAUGUGCUUCGCCAUGGCUGCCUUCUUCUUCCUUUUCACCCUGCUCAUGAUCUGUGUGCGCAGCAGCCGGGACCCCCGGGCUGCUAUCCAGAACGGGUUUUGGUUCUUUAAGUUCCUGAUCCUCGUGGGCAUCACCGUGGGUGCCUUCUACAUCCCUGACGGCUCCUUCUCCAAUAUCUGGUUCUACUUCGGCGUCGUGGGCUCCUUUCUCUUCAUCCUCAUCCAGCUGGUGCUGUUCGUCGACUUUGCGCACUCCUGGAACCAGCAGUGGCUGUGCAAGGCUGAGGAACGUGACUCCCGUGCCUGGUACGCAGGCCUCUUCUUCUUCACCCUCCUUUUCUACACGCUGUCCAUUGCGGCCGUGACACUGCUUUUCAUCUACUACACCCAGCCCGGCGCCUGCCACGAGGGCAAAGUCUUCAUUAGCCUCAACCUCUGCUUCUGUGUCUGUGUCUCCAUCAUCGCUGUCCUGCCCAAGGUCCAGGAUGCCCAGCCCAACUCGGGUCUGCUGCAGGCCUCGGUCAUCACACUCUACACCAUGUUUGUCACCUGGUUGGCCCUGUCCAAUGUCCCAGACCAAAAAUGCAACCCUCACCUGCUGACCGAUUUCAGCAACGAGACAGUCCUGGCAGGCCCCGAGGGUUACGUGACCCGGUGGUGGGACGCACCAAGCAUCGUGGGGCUCGUCAUUUUCAUCCUGUGUACCCUCUUCAUCAGUCUGCGCUCCUCAGAUCACCGGCAGGUGAACAGCCUGAUGCAGACAGAGGAGCGCCCGCCCAUACUGGAGGCCACCCAGCAACAGCAGGUGGCGGCCCGCGAGGGUCGGGCCUUCGACAAUGAGCAGGAUCGUGUCACCUACAGCUACUCCUUCUUCCACUUCUGUCUGGUCCUCGCCUCCCUGCACAUCAUGAUGACGCUCACUAACUGGUACAGACCCAGCGAGACCCAAAAGAUGAUCAGCACAUGGACCGCGGUGUGGGUGAAGAUCUGUGCCAGCUGGGCGGGGCUACUCCUCUACCUGUGGACUCUGGUCGCCCCCCUCCUCCUGCCCAGCCGAGACUUCAGCUGAGGCAGCCCCCCUGCAGCCCACCCACCUGGUGCCUGAGGUCUCAGUGACAGCUAGCCCUCUCCUC